AUGGCGAUUGGAUUACUUCUUCCUAUUCGAAUUGCUCAAGCAGUUUUUGCUAUCGUCGUACUUGGCUUGUCCGGAUAUGUUUCCCACUGGUACAAUGCCGAUACUCUGACCGCAAGUCCUUCUCAAAUCAACUUCUUGGUUUUCGUACCUGUCUUUACUUUGAUUUCCAUUGUCUAUCUUGAAGUUGCACCCCGCUUCAUGUCGAAAGCAUCUCACCCAUACGCACAUCUCACAUUUGAGCUUCUCAACGUUCUUUUCUACUUCGCAGGCUUCAUUGCCCUCUCCGUCUUCAUCAGCAAGCUUCUUUUCUGUCGUGGUUCUGUCUGUGGAGCAGCUCGUGCCGAUGCAGUCUUUGGUGCUUUCAGUUGGUUACUUUGGAUGGGAAGCAGUGCUAUUCUUGCAUUGGAGAUGUUUAAGGGAGGAAGAGGAAAGGCUUAUCCUCAACCAAACAUGGCUAUGAAGGAGACUGGUAACCCAGUUUAA